GUGGGGUCACGAGUCUUCCCAUUUCAGGCCCCCGGUCAGCACGUGUUUAGUCAUCCUGCUCGUCUUGGCGUGGCGUUCUUCUCUUCUCUUCUUUCAGCCUUGGUACUAAGGCAGAAGCAUAAGGCACAAACUUCUUCUCUUCUUCCCCCUGCUGCAAGCCACCUCCACGCCUUCAUCCGGCUUAGCAGAAACACCAAGACUUCUUCGCAGGUGAUCCUCCAAGCUUGUCUAAUGGAGUCGCCGUGUCUGUUCUUCUUGUGUGUUUCCCCUCUGGAAGCAGCUCUAUCUGGACAUACUUUGCGCCUUAAUGUGGGCGUCCUGCAAGCCCGUUUCUUCGCUCCUCACUCCCUCCCACUUUAUUCAGCCAACAUAUGCAAGAUCAAGCUUUCGUAUGCCUACGCUCCCCUGACCACAACCACAAUGGAUCGCAAACCCCGAGAUGGUCUACAAUGAAAUUAGAUUUUCGACUCGUUGGUUCAAGGUUGUUCGAACUCCUCAACCCAGGCGCUGACCUCAUCGCGAGCGUGCCGUCAUCACAUUGCAUACCAACACAUCGCCAUCUUUGUUAUCAUCUCCGCCUCACAUGUUCCUCCCUUCUUCAGACCUGUCCUGAGAUCCUCGGGCUGAGAAGGGCGCACCCAUCGCUAUUCCCGAACACGAAAGAUGGUGUAAGCGAAUAUGGUGGCGCCGGGCGACGGCGAACAAUCCGUGUGUGCUGCGAGUUGCUGACUCUAAACCACCCGACCUCUCGACACCUUCUAUAUACCGGUGAUUACUCAAACUUACUCACACUGCCAAGGUCGCCAAGUUCGCCAAGGACGGUGUCCGAAUCGCCCGUGUGCAGACUUUUCCAACGUUGUUGGCAUCCAACGCAGAGAUUGCCAAUUGGGCCGUUCAUACGCAUUCCAUACCUGGCAAUUUACUCUCGCAACUACCGCACUGCACGCCCAUAGUCAUUAACUAUCGCCAAACCAUCUUUACGCCGAGCCUAAACCCGAGCAGAAAACAGCAACCUUUUCUAGUCCAAGGUAUCUACGGAUACUACUACAAUGCUGCUUUUUAGGUUGACUAAUUGCUUCCUCCGACAUGACAACUUUCUUCCAUGUCUCCCGCGGGGCCUGCGCCGGUUCAGAUGAUGGGCAUUAGAGCAGUCCCCUCUCGACUCACGCACUCACAGCAGCAGACAGAUUAUAGUUGAUCUCAUCUUUCCUACCGGCCGCAGGGUCCCAUUUUCUCGCAAGUUGACGGCCUAGCUCACGCUCAAGUUUACCUGUCUUGCCCUAUGGCCGUCAUGGCAUUUCUGGCUUUCACCGCGUUGUACGGAUUCGGCGCAUAGCAAAUACCUUUAUAGGACGGAUGCACAUGAAAUGCUGCCAGGAUGGGAUCUUUCCUCCUCCUCC